AUGGAACCGGAGCCGAGUCACAGUCCGCCUGAGCGUUCCUCUACUGGUUCAUCGCUGUCCUCAGGGCUGUCGAUGGCCGGGCCUGGACCUCAGGACGCGACUAGGCGAAGGCUAUUGUUGAUUUAUAUCCAUGGCUUCAACGGUUCUGAGGCGACCUUUUCGGACCUGCCCGUUCACAUCCAUAGCGCGUUGGCCGCUUUGUUGAGUGAAUCGCAUGUGGUAUACACUCGGAUAUACCCCCGAUAUAAGUCGCACGGCGAAUUUAAUCUGGCAGUGAAAAGAUUCAGCGGUUGGCUGUCACCACACGAGGCAGAUGAUCUAGACAUUAUCUUGCUCGGGCAUAGCAUGGGCGGGAUCAUAGCGGCUGAUGUCGCACUUCUGCACCAAGACAAGAGUGCCAAGCGGAGGCAUCGAAUUUUAGGAAUCAUCAACUACGAUACUCCGUUCUUGGGACUACAUCCUCAUGUUGUCUCCACUGGACUAGGUAGCUUGUUUUCCAGUAGCGACGAAACAUCAGAAGAAGCGUCCUCAAAUGCCCCGGGCUUUGAAUCGGUUUAUAAUGACCCAACCUUCAACCCCCCGGAUCCUCCUCCUAACUAUGACCCUCGAUGGCUGAAUGAUAGACGCUUACCCGAACGUGGCUUAGUGGGGGGCGUGAAGCAUUUUGUCCAAAAGAAGAAAGCAGAAAGAGAAGCAGAAAAACAAGGUCUUGGCCACUCAGCCCUCAAGCGCUUGAUGGCGCCUGUGAAGUUUGCAAGCGGAGUGAACAACUACAGUGAACUGCGGCGGCGAUACCAACGACUCCGAGAAUUGGAAAUGGCAGAAGACAGCCCCGAGAGAAUACGCUUUAUCAACUAUUAUACCUCAAGUACUCCUCGUCGGAAAGGCAAAGAAGAAAAAAGCCCUAAGAAUAAGAAUAAGGAGGCUUCAGUACUGCCCAGUGUUGCUUCAUCCACCUCGAUCAAUCGGGUAGGAGAUGAAGACAGUCCAGAAACCGUUUCUGUCGCAACGUCGAGCUCUGGUGACAACGCGACGUCCAAGUCCCCCAAGCCUCGCAGAUUCAUUCUCCUACCCUCUUCUCAUUGGAAAUAUCAUGACAACCGUGGCUGGCAUCCAGUGGCAAUGGAGGACAUGGACGAAGUGGAAGCGCACAUGUCUAUGUUCCUCCCCAAUAGACCAAACUAUGAUUAUUUAGUUGGCGAUACAGUGGCAUUGGUGGAGCAAUGGAUCCAGAAUGAUCUUACGCAACGGUUACUAAAGGAACAGGCAGAGGCCAUUUGA